ACCGGAACCACUGAACACCAUAUUUCUACCGUGCUGACAUCAAUGAUCCGCAUUGUUGGCAUUGCCUGCGUAUGAUGCGAACACCCUGAUGUCAUAGGACAAAAAGAAGAAAGCUUUUAACAAGAGAAAUGAAAUAUAACAUAUCUAUUGGUAACUGCUGAUUGACUAUAAAAUGGAAGAUGUGGACAGGAAAAAACUGACUUCUAAUAGGAGCUAUCUGGUGAAAAAUAUUUAUAAAACAAUGAAUGUGGUAGACAAAUUGAUGGAUGAUGGAAUUAUUACAGAUGGAAUGAAACAGGACAUUGAGGCAGAGCGUACCAAUGAUGAUAAAAACAGAAAACUGUUAGAUAUCAUUCCAAGAAGGGGACCAAAAGCAUUUGAAGGAUUCCUCAAAGCUCUUGUUGAAUCAGACAAUGACUUUGCUGCAGAGAAAUUAUGUGAAGGAGCUGGAAAAAAAUACAAAGUGGUGAUGACCUCCAGUCAGAAAGGGAUGGUUUCUCCAGAAGAAGAAAACCAUCAACAAAUGCAGAAUUCUUCCAUUGUCCUCCCUACAAAAUGGCCGACUGAACAAGACUGUAUGACAGACUUUUUAGUUAAAAAAUGUAGUGAAACCAGUACAACACAAAAAUUAUGGCACAGUGACAGGUACUACAGAAUGAAGAGUAAACCUCGUGGACGGGUCUUACUGUUCAACAACUUCGUAGAUUUAGAUUUUAGAGUGAAGAAAGGUUUAGAAUGGGUAGUGAAGCUACAGAGGCGAGAUGGAACUGAUAAAGAUGAACAGAGUGUUAGGAGAUUAUUUGAGCAGCUACAUUUUGAUGUUGAAGUAAAAAAAGAUCGGAAAGUUGAGCAAAUGAAAUCUGACAUUGAAGAAGAGAAAACACAUCCUUUCCAUAAGUCUGCUGACUGUUUCAUCUUAGUUUUCCUGAGUCAUGGUUCAACUGAAGGGAUCUAUGGAAUAGAUGGUAAAAUCCUUCCUACUGCUGAAGUGAAAAGAUCCUUCAAUAACAGGAACUUCACCAGUAUGACGGACAAGCCUAAACUAAUUUUCAUACAGGCUUGUCGUGGAGAUAAUUAUGACAGUGGGGCGAACGUGGCUGACAAUGUGGCUGAUGCAAAGAAGUCAAUGGCUGCCCUAAAUCUCAAUGCAGUACCUCAAACUGAGACUAUCGACCAGAUCGACAGCCAAGUAGAGAAAUCACCAUCUGAUGCAGACAUGUUUAUAGCUUAUGCUACAACACAAGAUAAUGUGUCUUUUCGAAAUGUUCUGUUUGGAUCUUGGUUCAUUCAGGCACUAGUUUAUGUCUUCAGGAACUAUGCCUGUCAGACAGACCUUCUCACAAUGUUCACACUUGUAAAUGAGUUAGUGUCCAAAGGUCGAGCCCGGGAUCCUCAAAAGAGAAUUGCAGUGGCAGUCUCGGACUUCAACAGUACACUUAGGCUCCAGUUAUGUUUUUUUCCGGGAUUGACAGAGCUUGUCACUCACUCUCCACAAAAUUGACAAACUUUGUAUGUGUUUAUGGCCAAAAAGUGCUUACAGUAUACAGUGUGGCCUCCUUGUCCAAUGGUCAUCAGCAUAAUAUUAAGAAUCUGAGAACAUUUGUAAAGUAGUAUUAUUAGCUGAGUAGCUGUUUUGGGGAGAAAAAAAAAAAAACUAAAAUACUUUCAAUGUUACAAAGAUAAACUCUUCAUCUAUAUAUUAAAAAUUUUGCACUACUUAGUGCACUCUUAGCCUACCAUCAUCUGUCCAUCCAUCUGUCUGUAAACAAUUUUUGUUAUCACUAUUUCUUGAGAAGUGCUGGAUGGAUCUCACUUAAAAUUAUAAUGGUGAUUUCUCUUUGUCCCAACUUGUGCCUAUUUGAUUUUGGGCAGGUAAGAAAAACAAUAUGGCCAACGAGCAGUGAUCUAUGAUUUUGAUUUUAUAAGUUUGUAAAUAUGGCUAUUUCUUGAGAGGUACUGGAUGAAUCUUUCUCACAUUUCUUAUGUAGUUUGCCUAGGUUCCUAGUUAUGGCCAUUUGAUUUUGGGACUGCUCAGAAAAACAAAAUGCAGACAGAUGGCCAUCUUUGAUUUCCUAUUUCAUAAUGGAGGCUCCCCUUGGUCUCUAGUUGUUUCCGGGGUAUUUAGGACUGAUCAGAUAAACAAAAUGACUAACAGACAGCUAUCUUGAAUUUUACCUUGUAAAACUUGUUAUCACUAUCUCUAGAGAAGCACUGAAUUGUAUUGUAGGUCCCCCUUGGUCCCUAGUUGUGUAAGUGUGGUUUUGAAAGUUAUCGGAAAAACAAAAUGGCUGACAGGAUGGCUUGUUAAAUAUUGUAAUCAUUAUUUCUUUAGUAGUCCUGGAUUGAUAUCUCUUUCAUUUUAUAUGUAGGUUUCCCAUGGUCCCUAGUUGUUCUCAUUUGAGUUUGAGAUUGAUAUGAAAAACAAAAUGGUUGAUAGUAGGCCAUCUUAUAUUUCAACAAUGAAAGUUUAUUAUGGCUAUUUCUUGAGAAGUACUGUAUGGAUCUCUCUCUAAUUUCAUAUGUAGGUUUCCCUUAUAUCUCUAGUUCUGAAAGUAUAAUUUUGGAACUCAAAAACAAAAUAGCUGACAGGCGAUUUGGCACUUAAAGAUUAAUUGUGCUUUAUCACCAAAGGAAUGUUUAGAUUUUGUAUCAUUAAGAAGAAGUACAGAGGAUAGAAAAGAAAAAAACCCAAAUAAAAUGUUUUCUUACAUAUUUCCUUAUCAUACAUUGCAUAUGAGUUCAGCCAAAAAAUUCCCAAUCUGUUGAUUGGUUGUUGAAUAUGAUAUGACAAAUCAAAUCAAUUUCUUCAUCCUAUUUGAAAAGAAAAAAUGAAUGAAGAAGUUGUGUAUUUUUUAGACCAGUGUUUCAGAUUUUUAAUGUAUUGUUUACCUUGGCUAAGGUCUGGCUAUAGGGUACUGUGACUCUAAGCUAAGAAUCAGCAAUGCUGUAAAUAAAACUGAGAUUCUUCUAGGCUCAUUUAGAUAUGCUGAUUCACAGUGAUAAUCAUGUUUAAGUGUAUAUAAUGAAUGGAUCAAGUGCUGUAAAAAUUUCAGCGUAUUUUGUGUAUAGAUCCAUUGUCCAACUUAGAUCACUUAGUGUACAGCUCAACACAUCCAUCAUUUACAAAAAUAUCUUGCAGGUAUUAUGGUCCAGCAUAGGGAUGUUGAGAAAAUGUACUCUAAACUUUUGCAUUGAGUUUGUCAUUCAGAUUUAAUGCCAGUCAAACCUGGGGUAUAGAUACAUGGCUUAAUGAAACUGCCAAAUACAAAAAGAUUGAAUAUUAAAAUUAUUGGUUCAGGUAAUGAGUUACAUAAGAAUGAUCUAAAGCUGAGAAUGUCUGUAGAAGAACACAAAUGUAUUGUUAUUAUAUUUGUAGUCAUGGUUAUAUAUCUACAUUCAUAGGUUGAAAGUAUUUUGUAGGUCAAAGGUGAUCAUUUGUUAGAAGAGUAAAUUUUAGUGCUGGUGGAUGUUACGUAAAUGUACAUAGAUAUGAAAUAUUAAGGCUGUUAAUGGUUUUUAUAAUACAAUGUACAUUUCUGUAUAUGUAUCUGGGCUUAUACAUACAUCAAUUCUGUGAAUUUUUGUAAUCAAAUUUAACACAUGUAGACAUACUACAGUAUGUAUAAGGGUUGACUAUUUAGUCAUGCUACAUACUACUAUAUAUGAAGGGUUGAUGCCUUGGAUGUCUCCAGCUUAUCAAUGCCAAAGUUUUGUUCACAUGAUCAAAAUUUGGUAGAUCAUCUUCAGUUCUUUUUUGUUGCAUUCAUUAAAAUUGAUAAAAAGUGAAAUGAGUUUUCCAUUGUUUGUUUCAAUUCUCAUUUCACCUACAUAUAAGAGAGAAAGGGGCAUUACUAUAAAGCUGUUAAGUGAAUAAUACUCUGUUAUGUGUUUUAUAUCAGUAAAAUCAUUGUCAGUGAUCUCUUACAUGCAGCUUGGCCAUGGUAAAGCCAUAGAAUUCAUCAAGCUAUGUCGCUUGGGUCAUGAAGCAGGAUUUAAGUCCAAAAUUCAUCAAAAAUGACAGUACAGCAAACUUGAUACAGCCUGACCAUAUUAACAAAUGACUUUUAAUCCCAGUCAGUCAUUGAAAAUUUGAGAUAUCAAGAAUGAAGUGACUUCUAUGUUGAAUAUCAUCUUUGCACUUCUACAUUUUAUAAUUGAUUACAUUUUUUUUUUAUGUAAAACUAAAGUAUUUGUAUAACUUUUCCAUUAUGAUUUUUGACACAGUAACAGUGAUUACACUCCAAGUAAGAAGAUAUAAAAACUAAUGCCUGAUGUAAACACUGUAUGUGUGGAAAUUUUUAUGUAUGCAAAGAUCGGUUUUCAUGAUAAUUCUUUGGUACUUAUUAACAUAGUGUUUUUCUAGGAGAUUAUGAGUGUUGUAUGUUCAAUACAAAUAAAAAUAUAAAUAACAUGAAAGAAUUUGUUAUCUGACCUAUCUCACUAGAGUGAUGUUUUUAAAGAACACUAAGAAAACCACAUCGUGGUGAUCUCUUGUUGCAAUUGACCUUAAGAUCGAUUAUACAUGUAUUUAUGAUUUCUAAUAAAAUUCUGACCAAAAUUAA